AUGGCGUUGGUGCCAACUAAAAUUUUUAUGUCUGUGUUUGACAAAGCUGUUUUGUACUAUGCUGUUGGUUUCAGUCAUCUAGUCGCGCCCCUUGGGUCUGCAAGAGCCCAAGAUAUCCUUCUUUGUUCACUACUGUGGGCUCUGCGAUCCACUAACACUUACCCACACAAACAUCUCUUAUUAUUUGAAUAA